UUAUUGUCACUGCAGGUUUAUCGUCAUGGCAACCGUUCUCCUACUCAUAUCUACCCAAAUGAUCCUUAUAAAGAAGAUGUUUGGCCACAAGGCUUAGGGAUGCUAACGCAGGUUAGUCUGAUUUGUUACAAUAUACAUCUUAAAUACUUUGAUGAUACUUUAACACAAUGUAUGGACAGUUCUCCUGGGGAAUUUUCGACUGGCAUUUACAGAUACUACAUAACUAACAUAAUUUAAGCUAUUAUUUAUAUACAAUAGUCUAAAAAUUUACUUAAAGUUGUUCCAAAGACAGUCAGUUUUGAAAGUUUCAGAUAACCUGUAUACAGCCGCCCACUCCAAUCAAAAUAAAUCAGGGAGGAAGGCUCUCCCAAAUAUUUUUCCGCAGGGAGAAAUAAGGGCGCGGCUGUAUACAGGCCGAAGGUAAAUGUCUUUCCAUGUCUUUGGAAAAUAAGCGAAAUUUUGGAUUCAUUUCUGACAAGAUGAAGUAAAUUUGUUAAUUCAUUGCAGCAUUUUUUCUAUAUAUUCAGAAUACAUACAUACUUUCUUUACCUGGACAAAGAAGACUGUUGACUAAUGAAAACAGCGUGUUUUGAUUUUAUUUCAUUGAACUGUGAAUAAUGAAUUGUCUUGUUUUUAGCUUACUAUCUUGAUAACAAUAAUAUUCUUACUUUCGUUUAUUAAAAUUUCAAUUUUAGAAAGGGAUGCGCCAGGAAUAUGCCCUUGGUAAGUUUCUAAAGAAACGAUACAUGGAGGAGUUCAAACUACUGAAUUCAACUUAUAUACACAAGGAGGUAAGCGCGACUUGAGAUCAAUAACAGCCAUAUGUUGUUCACACUUUUACGUCUUGUAGGUAGAUGACCAUUUCAUGAGGAGUUCUUUAGAAGUAACGAGAGCUUACAAGAGCCAAAAUGUUUGUACCCAGGUCUCACUCUGCCUUCAGAUUUCCAUUCUCCUUGGCUGGAGAAGAAAUGGCGAUGAAUUAACAAUGUGCUUUUUCUGAAGUUGUCAAAAAUAAAUAAACAAUUAGAUAAAUAAAGAAAAAUUCAUAGAAAAAGCUGCCAAAAGCAAGGAAACAAACAAACAAACAAAACAAUAAAACUGGUGGAAGUCGGGUGUUUGCAAGGCCUAAACUCCUUCUCCUAAUUUUUUUUCUUCUUGUAAUCGGCUCCUCUUCUUUGCCAGCAAAAAAAAGUCAAUACGUAUAUACUUUAUAUCGGCAGCUCCGUACCUUGAAUAAGAACCCUCUGGCCUAAAAUAAGUAUCUCGGAGCCCCAGUUUCGCUUGACCUAAAACAAGGACGGAGCCCUUGCCCUUCGCACAACUAUAGCCCUCCCCUAUAUUCGCCACAAGAUCAUUUCAGUGAUGAUUUACAACACUAAUAUACCUGCCUGUUUCUCUUAACAGCUGUAUAUUCGCAGUACUGAUGUGGACCGCUGCUUAAUGAGUGCUCAGACGCAGCUAAACGGCCUCUAUCCACCUCGUGGAAAUCAGGUUUUUCAUUUUUUCUUUUUUGAUUUCACAGUCGUUUUCAGUUGACAAAUUUCACCCUUUCACUUACGGAGAAAAGAAAUGCAGGUAACUCUGUAAACGAAAUCCUAUUUUUUGUUACCAAUGAAAUGAGACCCUCCCGGCUUAAUUCACUGGUUCUUAAGAUUUAUUUUUCACUUGGUUCAUGAUGAAAUCCUUUGGUGUUCAAUUCUAUGUGAUGAGUACUUUUUAACUUCAAUAAUGCCUGACCAAAUCCAUCCUAUGAUUUGACCAUUCAAAUGAGACCUUACACACUUUAGCAUUUUCCUUGGUGAUGUCAUAACAUAUGAAAUAAUAGGGAUAUUGAUCCGCUGGAUUUAAGAUCUAGCCAUUCUUAGGAUUAAGAUGUAGGGGCACUAUACUGGAGAUAAAAACAAGAUAACACGGCUUGACGUAUAAGGUGGACGACGGAUGUUGAAGAAGCGAAAGAAGUUCCAGUGUUAACAAGAAACCGAGUCUAAUUGUACCGAAUUUUGCUAUUUUCAGAUAUGGCGUGAUAAUUUGGACUGGCAACCAAUUGGGAUUCAUGUGGUGCCAAAGAAAGACGACUACGUAAGAGAAAACCUUGGUUUAGGUAUCAACGGGACUAGAAAUACGAAUACCUUCCAUUGUAUUUAGCUCUUUGAAACAGGCUGAAAAUAAAAACAUGGCCAUCAUAAUACUAGGAACAUCGACCCAGAUGAAAUUCUUAGUGCAUUUGUAGUGCAUCACGAUUUGCGUGGCGUAGAAAGGAUUCCUUGAAGGGCGAACAAGGAGUGUGGCUUUCCACUUUUUUUCAAUUCGACCUAACGCGUUUAAGAAAUCGAGAAAUGUGUUUGUCCUGAACCUUUAAAAACUUGAAAGAUAUAUCGAGAAUCUGUAAUUCUUGCUUGCAAACACAUCGCCACUAAGGAAUUCCUGUCAAUGAAGAGAGACAGAUAGCGGCUAGAUCUCGACUCAGUGCCUCUUUUGUUUACGUGAAGCAACGGUGGGAGCAAAAUUGCGCGCGUGUUUCACUCUGGUCUCUGUUUUUGCUUUUUUGGCAGCUUCUACGUCCGUUUGAUUACAAGUGUCCACGUUUUUUGAAACUGCGUGACGAGGACAAAAAGCAGCCUUCUUACAUAAACAUGUCGUUGCAGUAUAAGGUCAGUGGCAGUCUUAUCCCUCGCUAAGUAAGCCCUUAAUCGUACGCACCUGAUAACACGUGUGAUGUAAGACUUGAGAAACAAGUAAAAGAAAGAGGAAUACAGCAACAGACACUUCCCUUAGUUCCCUCAUGAUGAAUAUGACCAUGGUAAUUAUUUAUCCUGUUCUGCUGAUACUUUUCAGGAUUUACGGUCGUUUUGCCUGCGAGUCGUUUCGCCAACGUCCUGUUCGCUAACUUCUUAAGUCGCUUCGCUUACUUGUUAGGUCAGUUCGCUAACUGCUUUCGCCUGAUAGGUGGCUGAAAGAACGAGGUAUAUACAAGUGUAUCUCACUUUUUUGUAUCAAAAAAGUGAGCGAGGUGAACGAGGUAUCUAUACGUACAUGCGAAGCGCUUGUUUCGCCUCUUAAGUAACGUGAGGACAUAAUAUGUUAGCGAAUUGGACGUUGGCGAAACGACUGGUCAUUCUUUUCAGGACAUGCUGGACUAUGUUUCCGAAAAGAGCGGAGAGAAGACUGAAGUGUCAAAUGCUUUCCUGAUUAGAGAUCCGUUGAUCUCUGAGGUAAGUCAUCCAUUACUGUUAUCUGAAGUCUUCCUGAGAUUAUGAACUGUCCUAAACCAAGCCUUAAUUCCCAUCCCCCCUCCAAAAGAGGGCCUAAUCCCGAUCAUGCGCUUUUGUAUUUCAGAAUCAUACCAUCCUUGCAACCUUAAAAAGUAACGAGGUUUUGUGAAUUGUUUGUAGGAAUCUCAGAACAUGACGCUACCUGACUGGGUACUAAAUGGAACAACUUACAAAGAUCUUGGAACUGUGGGAGACUUUUCCAUGAUGUGGAAUUUCAACACCCGUGAAAAAGCCAGGCUCACCGGAGGUUUGUUUAGCAAAUUUCUUCCUAGUCUUCUUAGCUGACCGUUUUGUCGGGGAGCCGCGGAUGAACGGGGACUGGCGCGACUGCAAUUGGCCACUUUAGAAACGAGAAAGGGAUUGGAGCCGAAAUGCGUCCCGUCCCAACCUCGUCCCCAGGGCGCUUUUCCGUGGCUUUCUCCAAAGCCAGGGAAAAGCGCCCUGGGGACGAGGCUGGUCCCGUCCCUGGGAUCGUUACUGUGGGCGCGUCGGUGAGCUAAAAUGGACCUUACGAUCCGACAACGGCGACGUCCAUGAAAACGUCGCCGAAAAAUAGACUUCGCAUCCUUUCACUUUUUUUCGCGAUUAUUCCAAGGGGCCCAGUUACUUAAACGAAGGGAAUUUAGUUUGGAGCUGAAGAGAAGGGACCGUGCCCGAAUUCUGACAGAGAUGGUAGAAUUUAUCGCCUUGCCGUUCCCGUUCCCAAGUAGACUUAAAAUUUGGUCAUUCCACGUCGUAGUUGUACAGGGACAGGCAUAAAUUUACAAAAAAGUGUUAUGCACGUGCAGAGUUGUUGUUUUGCUCAUUAAAUCUAUUGCUUUUUUGACGUUAGUUUUGCCGUCGCCGUCGUAGUUUCGUAAGGUCCCUCGUAGGGACUUUAACAUCCAACGACGCGAGGGCAACAAGAACGUCGCUUAAAAAGUGAAUUUGCGUUCUUUCAGUCUCAAUAGCGAUUAUUCCUGCACACUUACUUUGUCAAUUGUAGGCGAACCCUCCUUAAGCUGAAUUUCAAGGGACCACAUUCGAUCUCAGAAAGAGAAAUAAAAUUUGUCGUUGCUUGUUUAAAAUUUGUCGUUGCUUGUGUCCAACAUAAGACGCGAAAUUAGGCAUUUUCACGUCGUAGUCGUGCAAAAACGGGCAAGAAAUGUAGAAAAAAGUGUUAUGCAAGUGCAAAGUUGUUGUUUUUGACGGUCUCGUUGCUGUCCGCGUCGUUGGAUACGAUCCGACAACGGCGACGCCAUUGAAAACCUCGCUGAAAAAUAGACUUCGCGUCCUUUGAAACUUUUUCGCCCUUAUAUGAAGUCACCAUUUACUUAAAAGGAGGAAAGUUAGGUAAGAGCUGAAGAGAGGGGACAGCGUCCGAGUUCAGAGAGAGAUGGAUAAAUUUAUCGCCUUGCCGGUCCCGUUCUCAAGUUAACUCCAAAUUUGGUCAUUUCACAUCGUAGUUAUGCAAGGACGGCAAAGAAAUGUACAAAAAAGCGUGAUGCACGUGCAGAGUUGUUGUUUUCCCUAUUGAACCUAUUGCUUUUUUGACGUUCUCGUUGCCGUCGCCGUCGCCGUCGCCGUCGCCGUCGCCGUCGUGACAUGUUAAAGUCCCCAAUAUAUAUGGCCAUUUCUGUCCCGUCCCUAGUAACUGUAGCGAGAAUCCCAGAAAUCUUUGCUAAAGUAAGCUCGGUCCUGUCCCUUUCUCGUUUCUCAAGUAGCAAAUUAACAUUUGUUCUUCCAUUGUCUUUACCCAGUCCUUCGCGGCUCCGCCUCUCGCUCACGCUCCUUCCCGGUCCAACAAAACCACCAGCCAUGCAGCUCAGGCUAGUUUUUGUUUUCUCUGGAAUGUAGUGUCAUCUAUCCUCAACUAGCCAAAAUGAGACAUGGAAAAAUUGUGUAAAAAUAACCAUUGUUUUCUAAUAUCUGAAGUCUUUCACUGGUGUUCCUUGUACUUUUGGCCUACCGCUUUUGGUUGUUCUUUUUAAUAGGUGCCUUGGUAGGAAGAAUGAUUGAGAAUAUGAAACUCGCUUUAUCUCCGCCUAAUCCAAAGGAGCCUGUCAGAAAGGCCUACCUUUAUUCAGCUGUAAGUAAUGUACCGUUUAUGUCUUAGACAACGGUAAAAAGGGCGACAAAAAUGUGCAACCUGUUUUGCAACACUGCUGCAAAACGAGUUAGAAAGCAAUGUUUCACGUUUUACCACGUACGUUCAAACCUGUCUUGCAACAAAUCAAGUUGUUGUUAGUUGACUAAAUUCUAAGAUCUGACUUACCAUGCUUACGCGGCAGUGACAAACAAAAGUUACGUCAUUUGCUGCAAAACAAGUUUGUCUUUGGCUGGUAAAACGCACAACACGUACAGUUUAUGUUGCAAAAAGUAGAACUACUCUCUACUUUCUGUAACGAAUUCUCAUAACCUUCAAAAAACUGAUUUGCUGCAAGGACAGGCUUGAUUCGUGGGUGGUAAAAGGCGCUGCAUAACUAUUCAACUCGUUUUUUUGCAGCAAUGUUGCAAACAAGUUGCAAGUUUUUGUUGCUUGUUUUUGAACGUACCUUUAAUGACUGGGAAAUCUGGUUGUUUCUGGGUUCUUUUUCUGUGAGGUUUUGCAUACGCACUUUUUUUUAUACGAACCUCAGAACUUUUCCACUGGAAAAUAUAAAUCCUGGUUCCUCUAUUCAACUCAAAGGCCUCUUCAUCAAACACAAACUGUAAAAUGGGCUUUGAAUUUUCUCGUCAUUGUUAGGCUUUCUCUUUUAGCUUAAAAACGUGCUUUAGUUUAACAUUAUUAACAGGCCAUGAAGUCUUUCUGGUAAACGGUGCUGGUCUUGAGCAUUCAGAUAAGUUUGUUCAAGGUUCUGUGUCUCCAGUUCGGCACUGUCAGUUUAUUGAAAGGAAAAUGUUUUUUCUUCUUUAGCACGACACCACCGUUUCUGCAUUCCUGAGUGCUCUCCAAGUAUUUGAUGGCAUUUCCCCAGAUUUUUCUAGUGCUGCCAUAUUGGAACUGUUCAGUUCAGCCAAAGGUGUUCUAAAGUAAGUACCAUAUGUCAAUGGCAAUAUGACAACAACAGCUACACCACAUGUGUUGUAUGAAGCUAGCGCACUUGAAAUAAUCCCUUGCACCCUCCUCAACAGUGUAGGGCACUAAAAAGUAGCUUGGAAUCAGGCCUCAUUCGGGGGAAAAGUGCGAAUAAACGGGGCGCAAGAUAUCGGCCAACCAAAGAGCCAACGAGGGAAAUCAGUUGGCUCCUUUCGUCGCACUCGCCCAGUUAUAAACCCCUUUUCGUACUAAGGAGCUUGGUCUCAGGCUAACCUGCAUACAGCCUUUUGUCGUACAGGAGCUUGAAGUCUCUGCGAUGCCAUGCCGAUAGACCCAAGGGUGGACCCAAAUAAGGGGGAAAUAGCUCUCCGUGGCAGAUAGGGUUGUCCACAUGCGUAAGAUAUUGGCCAUACCGAGGAGUUUGGAAGUAUUUAUAUUUGCUUUCUUACUGCACUUUCUGGCAGCCUGUCCCGGGCUCUCAGUCAGUCGAGAAGAGAGAAAACGACUGCGAACGAGGUAGAAAAAAAGUGUGAGAGAGUAAAAGAAGGAGGGAGAGAGGGCGUUUUAAACAAACGCAAGAGAAUUUGCGCAUGAGAACUAAAACACUUGAAUCCUGGAAUACGGCAAAAAUUCCAUAACUGUUGGUGCGCGCGGCUGGCCCAAUGAGAAUCUUAUGCCUUCUACCCAAACAUUACGACUGUCUUAAAAAGAACUGACAAUCAGUUCAAAAUCUUUCUCUUUGUCAUAUCCGGCCUAAAUAAAUUUUUACUCAAUUCCAUUUUGCCUCACGUGCGGUAUAAAAUUUUUUCAUGUUUUCACUUUCAUGUACCUAUCGGAGUUAUCGAUAGCUCGAUCGGAUGUUUUAAAACAUCACUUCCGAUUUCAACGUUACUUUAAUUAUUGACUUCAAUUACUGAACGUUGCUUUGUUAAUUUUUGUCAGCUAAAAACAUUUUAUUCUAUUUACUACUUAGCGAAAUGAAGCUUUGUAGUUUGCUUUAAAUUUUUAAAUUCGCAGCGCGGCUUAUACCUCUAUGUCGAACUGACUUCACGCUUUAAUAUUUUUUUCAGACCUAGUCUGUCCGUGCGUGUGCUGUAUCGAUUUGGUCAACAUGUACCCAAGAUAUGGACACUCCCAGGCUGUGAAGAAUUCUGCCCUCUGGAGAGGUUUAUCGAGUAAGCGUUGCUAAAAAACAUUUUUUUUCUUUGUGCGUUCGAGAGAGUUUUUUAUUUCUCCUUUAACAUAUUAACUGGUUUCCUUUUAGGCUUACAGCAGACGUUAUUCCUGAAAAUGUAGAAAAGGAAUGCGCCUUGGAACAGGAAAAAUGCACUUGUUUUAAAGGUAUUGUGGCCGAACUGGAUAAAUGUUUAGGGAACAUUGAUGCUUACUAUAUGUCAAAGAGUCAACUGUUGCCAUCCACCUCUAAGAAUUAAAAGUCGUUAACUUCCUGUUAUAAUCACGGACCAACUAGAAGCCUACACUGCGAGCAGAGUCGGGUUUCUCUCUAUCAUGGCUUUUAGCGCAGUUACAAAGUCGUUCGCGUGGCUUGUCUAUCGCGUAGUUGUAAACGCUUAAAAAGUCUGCUCGCAGGUAGACAGCGAACAGUCUCUUUUUCUACAGCUUUAGUAAGGGGAGUGCACGAGCGCGCGAGCGUUGUCGUGCCUCUCUCGUCUCGCGCAUUCAGUCACGCGCGUGCUCAUUUGCGUGUCUCGGGCUUUUUGCUCGACGGACCAAGAAAAAAGAGAGACUGCUCGUAGCCUAGCUCGCAGGGUACUAGAAGCCCGUAUCGGCCACACCACGUGACUACUCUCGCUUCGCAAAAACUCCGGCUCGUUUUCUUGUGUCAGAAGAGACCUCUAAUGCAAAUAUGGCGGACCUCUCGGUCGGCCCGGGUCUAGUUACGUGAAAGCGAGGCUAUUGAAGAGUUUCGUUUUGACUGCAAGUCUUAGCGAUUGAGUCGAUCGAUACAGUUUCCUUCGGUUGUUUUUCCUCAUGAAGUUAUAAGGUAAUUGAAAGAAACAUAGAUUGGGAAAACAAAACAUACACCGUAGAAGAGAUGUCCUCUGUACUACUUACUUGCGCAUGAAAACCUUUGAUCAGUAAAUGACCUGACAUAACUAAGAUUCCCAUUAGGAAAAUGAGUAGUGGACAGUCGAAAACCUUGUACCAGAAUGAUUUCAAGCAUCUUGCAUUCUUUUUUACACUUUCAGAGGGCUACAAACGUAAUAAGUUAUGUGAAAUAACACCAAAGGAAAGGUUCUUACGAGAGCCCAUGAAAACAAACUUCAAACUGAUUCAAACUUCAGAAAAUGAAAUCUUAUGCGUGACGAUUUUACCUGCGUUUUUUCAGUUCCUGUGAAAUUUGAAAUGUAUUUUCUCGGGCUUCCAUAAGAAAUUGUCAUUUGGUGUUAUUACAGAUGACUAAUUACGAGUACAUCUAUAGCCCUUGAAAAGUGUAAAAGAGAAUGCGAUAUAGCUGAAAAUGUUCUGAUUCAAGGUUUUUUUUCCACUGAACUGUUAAAAUUACUCAGUUUCCGGAUGGAUUCCAUCUUAAACUAUUUAACAGAGUCCCGUUAACGUUACAAUUGAUUUACAAAUAUUGAUCCCAAAGGCAAAGAAGAGAACUAACAUUUUGAAGUUAACCACUUCACACGCAAUGAAAUUAAUCACUGUAAAUUCACUGAUACUGUAAAACGACUGAAACAAUAACUCACUGGGGAAAGAAAUUUCUCAGUAUCUUAUCUAAACUGCUACUUAAUCAUUGUCCUAGUUAUUGACUACAAAGUAGGAGGAUGCUACAAGGACAGAAAAGGAAAGAACGAUACGAUUUUUACAAAGAAGUUCAACACAGUCAAAGGUGUCGACCGAAAGAACCCGGAUGUGGAGAAGAUUUUCUUGGAAUGUAAGGAGAUGGCGGAGAAGGAAGGAUACGAAAUAUUUGCAAUUCAGGUGAAAGUCUUGGUAUAUAAUUAAUAUAUAUUAAAGUCUGAAUGUCAAUGGAGCGUGAGCUUUAAUUGAACUAAGCAAUCUCUUUCUAAGGGCCCGGGGAGUUAGUAUGGGAUUUCUGGAUGGGGAUGUGCCGCUGGGACCCUGGAACCCUGGAACCCUUAACCUAUACCAGAGCUAGUUCAGCUGAAUUUUGCUACCCAAGACUAGAGUAAACUCCCCAAAUCCCCUCUAUCCUAUAGUAGCUGUUUUCCAGAAACUACUGAGGUCACUACCACAGUCUAGCCAAAACAAAACCUUUUACCACAAUCCCUAGUCUAGAUAACCAACCAACUGAUCAGUUUCCUAGAGUAAACUGCUUGAAAACCAUACCCUUCACAGCGGCACAUAACCGAUAUAGCCCAUAUAUGACAGUACCCCCCUCCCCCGGGGGCGUCCCUGUUCCUUGGAACGAGCAACACUGAGAACUGAAACAUUUAGCAGCAUUUUCUUCUACCGUGUGACCUGUAUAAUAUGGAAGUAGCAGCUCAAAUUAAGAAUAAAUAAGUGCAGUAUUCCAGAUUUUCUUAGCCCUGAGUUUGGCUAUGUUUACUUUUAAGUUACCAAGAAAAGAUGGAUUUUGUGUCUGUAAACCGAUUGCGUCGGCAACGCGCAGUCCUAAUGGCGUUUCUACUUAUCGAGUUUUUCCUCUGUUUUCGACGCUACCUUAAGCUAGCCCGAAAAAAUUUUCAUCGGAGUCUUCAGGUAUUGCUUCAUCACGUGGAUGACAAUGCAGUGAAAUCACUCGCCCCACUCCCUUCCCUAUCGGACGCACUGUUAGUAAUUGCGACUCGUUUAAUAGGUAUACGGUCGAAUAAUGCAUUUAUGGAUGCAAUAUUAAAUUCACCGGAGUUAUUUUUGCCUCUUAGAAAGUCAAUAUAUGUGUUACAACUGCAAGUGGAAAGGUAGCAGAUUUCAAGAAGUUUGGUGGAUCCAAAGGCUGUAUUAUGAACAAGCAAGGA